AUGGUUCCAUCCACUGCCCUAGACGGCGUCAUACCGCUCAUCUCGGAUGAAGAUAUCCGCUCUCCACCGUGUGCCGUCGCCCCCCAUGUGAAACCUUCGACCGGUGACCUUCGCACCCAACAGUUACAGGUUCUUCCUUCCACCGACCUUCGCACCCUACAGUUACAGAUGAUAACAACCAUAGGCAUGGGGAUGGGAUUGUUAGGGAGUGAUGCAGAGGGCAAAACAUAUGCUGAACUGUGUACAAAAAACUUCAUUUCACCACUUGAAGAUUUGAUUCCCUUUUAUUGUAAGCUCUUGGAUCCAACCAACCUUACAAAUCUUUUCCCUGUCACCAAGUUCCUUGGAUUGUUAGCUAGUGGAACUACAACUGAUGCAAAGACAUUGGUUCCACAGGCAAGAAAUGAAGCAGCUGAGUUUCGUUGUAAAUAUGGCUAUGAGAUGGAUGUUUAUGUAUUAGCAAGAUGGAUUGCUGACAAAUCACAAGUUUAUACUCAACAUGCUUACAUGAGACCACUUGGAGUAGUGGCUAUGUUGUUGGGUAUUGAUGAUGAGAAUGGGUCUAAACUCUUCAAAUGUGAUCCAGCAGGCAACAAGUGUUGGAUUGAAAGAGCAAGAGGCUAUUAA